AUGAAAGGCACGGCAUCGGGCGAGAAAGUAGGACUUGCUCGACACCUACUUGAUGUGCACAAGGAGCAAUGUAGAUAGACAUGUCAAAUCCUAUGAAAGAAGACAAGGUAUCGGGGUUUAGGAGAUGCAAGAAGAGCUAGGAGGUUUUGAAGGGACCAAUUUUUUGUGUAAAUCAAUGGAGACCUGCGGCCCCGCUGCUCUCUUGUGCCAAAGCAGCUCGCUUGGACGCCCAA